AGGCCUGACAAAUAGGAAAAUACUACAAAGUGAAGAGAAAAUUCACUUCACAAGAACUGAGCUCGGCUUUCAUUGGCUUAUAUGUUUUAUUUGUAUUAAUAACCGAUUAGUGACAGAUCAUCUCUGUUGUCUACUGUGGUGACAUUAUUAGGUUAAAGCUGGAAAAAAUGAAACAAUUAAAAAGAAAAAGAAAAAGCAAUUUUAGUGUUCAGGAAACUCAGACUCUCCUUAAGGAAAUCAGAAAAAGGAGAGACGUGCUCUUUUCAAAGCAACUUAAUACAACAAUUAAUGAGAUGAAACGGAAAGCUUGGGAGGAAAUAGCGGAGUGUGUAAAUGCUGUAGGUGAAGGAGAGCAAAGAACAGGGACAGAAGUGAAAAGGCGAUACCUAGACUGGAGAGCACUCAUGAAGAGAAAACGUCUGAAUGCAAACAUCAAAGUAGUAGGUGCUGGGUUUCACCUUCCUUCAUCCAAUUUAGAUGACUCCCUCAAUGAAGACAUGGAUGAGAAAAUUGGUUUUGCAAUUGAAUCUAGUUUUGAAUGGCAAAAUAUCACUGACUUCAGAGAAGCUGGUGGAUCUUUAACAGAAAUCAAAGUAGAAGAGGAAGAGGAGGAUCCGCAGAAUUUUGAAUUCCCUAUUGAGGAAGAAGAAGAAAUUUUGUCAUCAGUUUUGCCAGAUUCGAAAAAGGAGAAUGAUCUACCAGACUUCCCUCACAUUGAAGAGUUUGGAAAUCUGAGCUCUGCACAAGCUAGGCUAGCCUAUGAAGAUUCUCACUUGCUUAUAAAUCUGGAGAAGCAGAAGGUGGAGCUGGAGAAGCAGCGACUAGAUAUUGAAGCGGAAAGGUUGCAAGUGGAGAAGGAGCGCCUGCAGAUUGAAAAGGAACGGUUGCGGCACGUCGACUUGGAGCGAGAGAGACUGCAGAUUGAGAAAGAGCGACUGCAGAUUGAGUGGGAGAAACUCAGGUUAGAGACUCUGCAUGCUGAGAAACCUGCCCUGGAGAAUGACCUCACCCAAACAGAAAAACCCAUCAUGCAGCCUCUAGAUCUAGAAACUGAGAAGUUAAAACUUGAAAAAGAACGUUUGCAGUUAGAGAAAGAGAGGCUGCAGUUCCUCAAGUUUGAGUCGGAGAAGCUGCAGAUUGAGAAGGAACGCUUGCAAGUGGAGAAGGAGCGCCUUCGAAUUCAGAGAGAGGGUCACUUGCAGUGA